UUAAACUUUGUUUUUUAGCUUUUAUAACUAUUGUACAAUUACUUUUAAAGAGGUUAAAAAAAAGAAGAUGGUAAUUUUUUAUAUUCAGAGUAAAGACAAAGAGGUAACACAUCAGUAAUCAUGGAAUUGCCAAAAAUACGCAGGCGUUAUCUUAAUACUCAUCAAUUCUUCAUAGUGAUGAUUUUGUUAAUCAUCAUAUGGGGAAUGUAUUUGCUUUAUGAAACAAAUUCUUAUAAUUCAAAACUAUCAAAUAGCGAGUACCUUAAAGAUGAAAUUAUCAAAUUAUCAAAAGAGUAUAUCAAUGUUCUGGCAAAAGAAAAAGGACAUGUAUCUGUUGGGUCAUCUAAUACACAACAGACUGCCAUAUUAUUACAGAAUAUGCUUGAUCGAAUAGAAACUCUUGAAGGUGAUUUAAAAAGAGUUAUUAUAAACAGCACUUUGACUUUUCGUUCAAUGUUUGAAACACUUUCCAAACUCAAUAAAUCAAUUUUUGAGUUUAACAAAACAACAUUAUUUCAACAUUAUGAAUGUUUUGUACCGGUUGAUCCAAAUUUUCCUAAUUGUGAUGCUAAGGUUCAGUGGUUGUCACUAAAUUGGAACACUUCUAAAUACAUUGAGGCAGGGGUUAAUGGCUCUUUAUGUUCAUUUUUACAGUAUCUCUCUUAUGUUGAACAUGAAUGUCCAAAAGGUUUUAGGCAAGUUAUUGAAAACAAGAAAACAAACACAAAGAACUUGAAGUGUGAAGUUAAGCCUCACAAAGACUUUCCAGAUUGUGAUGCCAAAAUUAAGUGGAUGCAAAAUUCUUGGAAAACUGAUCCAUUAUAUGCACAUCAUGGUGUUGAUGGAUCAUAUUGUUCUAUAAUCAUAUACUUAAGUGAAGUGGAAGGUUGGUGUCCAAUGCUUGAUGGACGAGAACUUGAAACAAGUACCUGUCCAAUACCAGAUGAUCCUGAAUAUCCAGAUUGUAAAAAAAAGAUUGAGUGGAUGAAAAAAUAUUGGACCUCUGAUAUUUGUUAUAGUCAACUUGGAGUAAAUGGAUCUCAAUGUUCCUUUCUUGCAUAUAUUAGUGAGUAUGAACACUUUUGUCCUCUGAUGCCUGGAAGAUCCCAUGCAAAACUUUAUACAGAUUUAGGUUUUUCAACUAUAAAACCAAAUUUGACGCAAUUAAAUUUUAAUGGUUUGAAGAAAAUACUUGAAAAUACUGAAGAGCCUUUAAAAAUUUCAUGGGUUGUGGCUAGAAUAUCAAGAAUGUGGAAAUCUUGGGUUAAUGCUUUCAAUAAUCUAAAAAGUCGUAUGAAAAUUGACAGUUAUUCAAAAAAAAAGAUUUUCAUUUAUAUUGGACUUUUAGCUGAUGAGAAAAUAUAUCAUUUUGCUGACACAGCUAAAAAAGGUGGUCCUCUUGGUGAACUAGUUCAAUGGUCUGACUUAAUUGCUUCACUUUAUUUACUUGGACAUGAGUUGGUUAUAUCUGUGUCAACAGAAAAAAAGUUUAAAAUGGCUUUAGGGAAUGUAUUAAAAAGCUCUUCAGUUACUGGAUCUUGUCCUUCUUUCGAAAAACCAGAAUUUGAUAUUGUUUACACAGACUAUUUGGGAAUGACUCAUAUUGUGAAAGAGUAUAAAAACUUCAAUUCAAUAAGAUGUCAUCUUCGCAUUGUUGAUUCAUUUGGUACAGAGGCUGAUUUUAAUGUGAAAGUUGGUAACAAAGUAAAUGAAUAUGGCAAUCUUGCUCUCAACUUAAAACAAUAUUACACUAUGUUUCCUCAUUCCCCUGAUAAUUCUUUCCUUGGUUUUAUUGUGGAAAGUCAUGUAAGUCCUGAUGAAGAUUUAAUAAAGAACAAGCGCAUUGCACUUGUAUAUGGAAAGGAUGUUAAAAUGUGGAAUGAUCCUCGAAAAAUCAAAUUCUUAGACCUAGUUCAAAAAUAUUUUGAAGUACAUGCAACAUUUGGCAACCCUGAUUUAAAAAAAACUGAACCUGAAACUUAUAUACCUUCAUAUGUUGUUAAUCAUGGAGUUUUAGAAAGUGAAAAGUUGCACAACCUGCUGAAACAGACUACAGUUUUCAUUGGACUCGGAUUUCCGUAUGAAGGACCAGCUCCUUUGGAGGCGAUUGCAGAUGGUUGCUUUUUUAUAAAUCCCAAGUUUUUGCCUCCAAUAGGUAAAGAAAAUCAUGACUUCUUUAAAACAAAACCCACCAAUCGCAGAUUGACUUCCCAACACCCUUAUGCAGAACAUUUUAUUGGUGAACCGUAUGUAUUUACUUUCGAUAUUAAUAAUCCAGUUGAAGCAAUAAAAGUGUUAGAAGAUAUCAAUGAAAAAGAGUCGCAGCCCUAUUUACCGUUUGAGUUUUCUUAUGAAGGCAUGUUAGAACGUUUGUUUGUAUUUACAAAAUAUCAUGAUUUUUGUAAGCCAAACCAAACAUGGCCACCAUUGUCUGCGCGUCAGGUAUUAAUUGGGGACCCGGGAGAGUCUUGUGUUGAUGUCUGCAAAAAAAAAGAUUUGCUGUGCGAACCUGGUUUUUUCGAAAGUAUAAACGUUGAUAGCUCGUUUUUCAAAUGUCCCAAACCUGUAAAAAAGGCGUCACUGAUAGCCCCAGCAAUAUUAAACGACCAAUGUUUAAUUCAGUCCGAUCGUCUUUUAUUUAGCUGCAUCAGCAGUACAGAUUCUGCGAAACGUAUUUGUCCGUGUAGAAAUUUUGUAAAGGGUCAAACAGCAUUUCCAAUUAAUUCAUUAUUAGAUGAUAUUAUCUAAAGAUGCAGUAUAAUGCAAUUUCGUUGUUACAUAAAGGUUGUAAAUCUUUUUAAAUUAUUUAUUACGCAACGCGCGUUUUACAUUUUUCACAUUAUAGAGUUUUAUUAUUAUUCUCUUGUUUUGUUUUAAAAAAAAUUUAUUUUUAUGUUUUAAUUUUUGUAUUAAUGACUGUUGUUGCAUUUUUUGCAUCAUCGAUUUUACUAGGUAUAAUUUAAUUUCUUUAAUACUUGAUAAAUCGACUGUUUUUUCCACUAAGUUUUCUAUGGUUUUGUUGGUUGAUUUUUAUAAAUCUCUACACAUUUGUUGAUGUAAUGUAAAUAUUGUAUAUGUUUUUAUAUGGUUUAAUUUUACAUGGAGUUAAUUUAUAUUUAUUUUAGGUAAACAAUUUAUGGAUUGUUUUUUAAUAGUUAGAUUUGCCUUCUUUUUUAUUUCCUUUGCGUUUUUGAUUUUAUUCGCGUUGCUUUCAUUUGAUUAUUCACUUUCUUUUCGUAUGAAAAUUCAGUUUUUCUAAAUAUUUAUUUUUUAUGUUUGCAUUUUUUUUUUUUUUUUUUUUUUGUCACAUUUUCAGAAUUCUUAACUUAUAUUUAAUUUGACAACUGUUAAACAUGUGUUAAAUUCAUCUUUCUUUAAGUUUUAUUUUUCUUCAAGAUCAAUUUUUCAUGUCUUUCUUGGAUUCAAGUUUUAAAAAAGUUAUUUUUUAAAUAUUUUAGUUGUAUACGAAAAAAAAAUCU